CCAGUUCAUAAGCCUAUAUUCGGCUGUGAUUUAUCCCGCCCGCGCGUUAAUUCUGUCGUUCCCUCUCCCUUCGCUGAACAUUCAUAUCGCAAGUCGAGUUAUGCGCGAGUUUCGGUUGGUCUCGACCGCUGUGCAUUGUUCGCGAGGGAGGACCUAUCGCGGGAUGUAAAUAUCCGCGUCGCAAUUCCGCGCGAGAAGCAGAGCCGCGUCGAGGGGGAGAGCAGGUGGGAUUGUCUUUUGUUCCCGACGGGAGGAGGCAGAGCUCACGCCGCACUCGGCGAUCAUGAGUUGACACAUCGACUGGUUGACGUUGCGUGUUAAAUGCCGCCUUCGCUAGCCGCAGCAUGGACGUCGCGGAGGACGCCGAGGCCACGCUGGACCCCCGCAUCCAGAUUGAGUUGGAGAAUUUGAACAAUGCAGCAGAUAAUAUUAAUAAGCUGGAAACUGAAUUGGAUGAAGCUCAUACUGCUUUUGGACAAUUGCUUUCGGAUACGACAAGAAGGUUGAAAGAAAUUACAGAUAAAUUGGGCACCAGUUGCAUUGAGAAGGCAAGAUGUUAUUAUGAAGCACUGGAAAUGGCUCAUCAAGCUCAGGUGCAGUGUCAACAGCAGGCGCAGCUGUUUCAGAGAGCCAGCGAAAUUCAUGCAGCAGCGAAGGAAACCGUGGCUCUGGCUGAAGCACGAUUCAUGUCUCAUCAGCAUGAGUGGAAUUUCGACCAAGCAUGGCAGGAUAUGCUUAAUCAUGCUACUAUUAAAGUCAUGGAUGCGGAAAAUCAAAAAGCGGAGUGUGGCCGAGAACAUCACAGAAGAGCGAUGUUGUUCCAUGACGCUGAGAAGAAGCUACUGCAAUUGGAGGAAAAGCAUCGAAACGCGAUAAUUAAAGCAAGACCAUAUUUUGAAGUAAAGACUCAAUGCGAUCAGAUGUUGGCAACGCAGAAGGAAAGAGUGGAGUAUCUACAGCAAGCUGUUAAGGAAUCUAAAUGUAAUUAUGCAACGAGUCUUCGAACAUUGGAGGAAAUCAGUAAUCAAAUACAUCAGCAACGAAGAGAUUAUGAUAUAGUGGCUAAUGGACCGCGAGAACCUGGUGUCGGGGCCGAGCUCAUUGGUUCGGAUACAUGUGAGAAGUAUAAGAAUGAGUUCAAUACUUCUGACAGUUGUAAAGUAUCUCCUAUUAGAUAUAACGAAAACGGAAACAACGAAAAACUGCACGAUAUCGAAAAACCUUGUUCGACAAAGAAUGAUGCGGAACAUCUUGACAAGAGAUCUGUAGAUGGCAGCGAGAGCAAGUUCACACAAUGGGAGCUCGAGUUACAAGCUAGUAUGGAAAAAUUAAAUCACUUGUCGAUAGAGAAUUCGUUGCAUGUCAAGGAUCGCGAUAUACAAAGUUCUUCCGACUUGCGGAACGCGGUAAUUGACGAUAUCGUGAACAAAACGGUUUACGAACCUUUGUCUGCCGAAUUAUCUAACGCGCAUAAUUCAAAUCAAUUUUCAAGAUCGACUGAAAAUCCAGGGACUUUUGCAAAGAAUCAGUUUAGCAGCAGAUCGCAUUUGCAAAAAUCGUGUUCAAUUGAUUCAACGGUACGCAGUGCGUCGAUGCUCACUUUGAAGAGCAAUAUUUCAAAAUCACUGAACAGUAGUCCAGUGAAUAGAGGUAUAUCUAAUUUCAAGGAGAGAAUCGCCAACAAAGCGAAAAACAUAGAUAUAUCAAAAAACGUGCCAAAUGGAAUCUCUCAAUACAUUAUUAAAGAUAGGAAAACACAAAGUAACUGGGACAUUAACUUUCUUAACAAUACUGAUGUUAUGAAUGAGGAAGAUGAAAGAAAUAACCAUAAGAAUACGAAUGAUAUUUUAGGCAAUAAGAGCCAUGUACAAUCUAAUUUACAUACCGCGCAAGUUUCUAAUAUCGAGUUCCUGCCUAUGGAAUCAGGACAUCGCAUCGCAGUGACUCCUAGCGUUAGCCAACCCUCAAAGAGCUCGCAGGAUGAUGUCACACUGCGGUCACGAUCUAUCUCUAAUAUUCUACAAAGGAGUACGUCACGCAGUGCCAAUUCCAGUCCGAUAAAAUUGAAGAAUCUAUUAAUGUCGUCCGUCAAAUCCUUGGAUACCGGAAAUGCAGAUCAGUUCGAUAAAGGUUUUAUUUCCAAAAAGUUCACGAGCAAAACCGCCAAUAUUAAAGAGUUGCCAUUACUGUCGCUCUUCAAACAAACAUCUACGUUAUCGGCACUCAGAGGCAAGAGUAAUAGCAUGAUCAAUCUCAACAGUAAACAAAAUCUGAAGACAUUACUGGACAAUUCGCAUCUGGAUAAUAUACAGGCGAUCAGCGCGGAGAGAUUGGCAAAUGUGAGGCAUAAGUUGAUCAAUGAUUGUUCGGAGACAAGGACGGGCAAUGUUAAGAAAUAAGUACAAGAACAAUACAAACUAGGUUAUUUGUGUUAAGUGAUUUUUGCGUUUAACACGUGUGUUAAGUAGAAAAUUGUUAAUGUCGUUUAUAAGAAGCUCGAAAAUGUACAGAAUGAAAACGAUAUCAUAAUAGUAUAACUUUCUGAAGUAUUCUCACAUUUUCGAGGAACUACGGAAACAUUUCUGUAAUUUUACAGAAAUGCUGUCGUGAAUUACAGCAAUUAUUAUUGAAUAUAUGCUGCUGUUCCGUUAAUUAACGAUAUGUAUUAUAUGAAUCUUCGCGGAUUAGUUAGGUAUUAAUACUUUAAUUAUAUUAAAAUUAAACAUAAUCACAGUAUUAUGAUCAAAGAAUGUGAUUACUGAGGAAUCAGACACAUAUAUUAAUUAAUAACAAAUUUACAUGCUCAGUUCCAAUUAGGCGUAUACUUGCGUGUAUACUUGCUGUUAAAAACCGACCAGGCGAUGUACGCAUCGUAUCGUUUACUAUUUUCUAAUCUUUUAAUAUGUGCUUUUUUAAUAAAACACGUGUUUCUUAAUG